AUGCGCGGCCGAGGCCGAUGCGCGGCCGAGGCCACUGCGCACGACGGGCUGUUCUGCAAGUUCCACGCCAAGCAAUGCUUUGGUCUGUACAUGGGCUACAAGCGGCGGAACGCCGAGUUGGAUGCACUGGCUGCUACGGCACCGGCAUUCCUGCGCAAGUCCAAGGCGUCACUAGCCAGCCAGACUUUUGAGCAGCUCACAUCCGAGACCGAGGUCAGCGAGGUGCACGAGUACCUCUUCAAGCAAUAUGUGCUCCUCGGCAAGGUCAUCGCGGCGCGCAAGAUCCACCACAAGCACUUCUACUCGCUUGAGAUGGACUACGGCCACAAGGCGUACCUGGACAAGCUCGAUGUUUAUGAGGACGACCGGGCCAGGUAUCUCGAUCUCAUCCGGUACUUUCUCUGGAUGGCCGCCCCGGCAAGCGAGAGCGACGUCGCAGAGCCGGGCAGCUCUCCUGCCCCUGCUGGCGCAAGCAGCGAGCCGCAGGAUAAGGCGGGCGGAAGCGGCGAGCAAGAUGCUGCGGAGGGUGGCGGCGACGAAACGCCAUCGGGCCAAACAAAGAAGCAAAGGAAAAGAGGAUGCAAGAAGAAGAAAAACAGGGCCGAGGAGGGGACCACGGCGGAGGGUGUGGAGGAGGACUACAGCCACAUCGACAGACCGAUGCUCAUGCUUGUCGGCACCGUCCAGAACCCCGAGGAGACAGCGACAAGGACGGCGCCGGUCAAGGAGGACGAUGCGGCCCAGCUCAUCGCGGAAAUCACCGAGAUCAAGAUGCUCCUCCUCUGCCGGCAGAUCAUGUCGCACUCGGCCCUCCUGCCUGCGGCACUGCGGGCGAACAGCGUCGACGAAUUCCUGUCGGAUCCGUCCAUCGCUGACUCGGAUCUCCGCGACCUGUGCCUCAAGGUCGAACAGCCGAGUCUGCAGGCGCUCCGCGAUGCCUGCGCCGACUUUGUGCGCGGCGAUGAGGCGGAAAGCGAGGAUGGGGGAGAGGAUGGGCAGGAUGAAACGGCCGAGAAGUGGUCCGUCGAGGAGUACAUCCGCCACCACUACCGAUACGGCGAUCUCGAGUUCGGGCCCCUCGCCGACGCCCUGAGCCCCUUCUCGCGCCAGGCUGCUCUGCCUGGCGCGGAACGGCUCCUGGGCGAGGCCGGGACGGACAGUGCGCCCAAAGACAGGAAAAUGAAGGAUGCAGUUGAAUUGUGCCGCAACUGGGACGAGUUCUUCGAGCUGAACGUCCUGGCGCUGUGGCAGUAUUUCCCUGCCUCCAAGUGGACGGGGUGGAGCGGUAACCACCUGACGGCCGAACUGACGCAGCUGGGCUUUGUGCCGUUCUACAUGGACUUCUCUGCCCAGAAGAACACGACAUACAACCACCUCGCAAGCCUCUCGCGCAAAGUCCUCCGAAAGCAAGCGCUCCUCACGGAAACCCGCAAUGUGGUCGCGGCCUAUAUGAAGCGCAACGACCCGGUCACGCGACGGUUUAUUCAGUAUGCCCUAAUGCGCACCAACGAAUUUCUUAUCCUGGUCAGGGACGGCAAAAACGGCCGCAUUGUGGUCGCCCCCGGGGAGAGACACCGGUGGAUCCGUCUUGCGGCGCAGCUGCAGUUCAACUUCAUGAACUACUUUGAGGUCUACAUCUGGGACUUCAAGCCCGGCGAGAAACCGCUCGACUUGUAUCAUCACAUCCACGACUCGCUGCUCAGGGCCCUCCGAGUACAAGGCGUUCGAGACAAGAUGAAGCACGUCAGGUACAUCAUGGGGAGUCUCACGCGGGAGCAAGACACCAAGCGGGUUCGCCAGAUCAAGCCCGGCGAGCAUGCGCAGAGCUUGUACGACGAGCUGACAGGGCCCAAUGCCGAGUUCUAUCUCAGAACUAACCAAGGCGUCGUGGUCCGGACGAAAGAAGACCUGCCGGCUGAGGUCAGUCCUUACACGUUCUACAACGAGACGGACGAGGCCGAAGACGCCAUCUUGGUCGAGGAAGAGUCCCUCAAGGACGUGCCCGAGGACAUGCCUUUUCUGGAGCGAGCACUCAACCUCGAGCGGGAGCGGGAGAACAAGGACAGGGAGAAGGCGGGCCUGAACUAUGAGCCGGGUGCCGAACAGUUCCCCUUCGCAGUUCCCCCAAUCUGGGAGCAAGCUCACUUUGUCAUCCGGGGCCUUGGCCAUCUGGCCGACCAUUGCAAAGCCGAACCGCACCGCCCGGGCCAACUGGACCUCUUCAUCAAGUACAACAACCUGCACAAAUACGCCGACGGCCUGCCGCCCUCGUACAUACCCUACAAGGACUUCCCGCAACUCCUGCCCGCAGCACGCAAGUUCUCCGCGGACAAACCAUCCGCGCGCUUCGCGCUCCUGCGCCUCUGA